AUGUCUUCAGAUCCAGUGCCAGGGGCUGACACUGUUAGGAGAGGCCUGAAGAAGCCACGUACGUUCAGCAUCGAGGACAUCCUCUCCAGCCCUGUGGAGAAGAGCCCCCAGCUCCUGGUGCCACUGUGCCUACAGAGCAUCUUGGACUGCACACCCAGGCGGCUGUGUGACCUGGAGACCAUCCCAGCCAGCUCCCUGCAGGAGGAGGAGGAGGAAAAGGAGGAAGAUCUGGAAGGGGCAGGCUGCAACUGCUGCUGCUGUUCUCACAUGGGCACCUGUUCCCUGCAGGAGCUGCCAGGUUGGCUGGAUGCCCAGUUCCCCUGGCCCAUGCGGCUCUUCCAUCCGGUGCUCAGGGUCUGUAAGAGCUCCCAGGAGAAGUCAAGCGAUCUGCAGAGCUUCCAGCAGAUGCAGCGCCGCACACGCCGGCACCGCACCAUAUUCACCGAGGAGCAGCUGCAGGCGCUGGAGACUCUUUUCCACCAGAACCAGUACCCUGACGUGAUCACCCGCGAGCACCUGGCAAACCGCAUUCACCUGAAGGAGGAGAGGGUAGAGGUUUGGUUUAAAAACCGUCGGGCGAAGUGGCGGCAUCAGAAGAGGGCAACUGCCUCAGCACUUAUCCUCCAGCCCAAGCAGCCCCCCAAGGAGGGCUGUUAG